AUGUCAGAAGUUACACCAAAUGCCCAGGCUACUGGCUCUAGUUGGGCUGCGUUUCUCAAGUCUAUCGCCUCUUUCAACGGCGACCUCUCCUCUCUCACAGCCCCACCCUUCAUCCUUUCCUCUACGAGUCUUACCGAGUUCAGUUCGUACUGGGCUGAACAUCCUAGCGUUUUCGCAGCACCAGCGAAGGAGCCGGACCCCGCAAAGAGGGCCUUGCUAGUGCUUAAAUGGUUUCUAACUACGCUUAAGCAACAAUAUGCUAGUCGCAGUGAGCAAUAUGGCAAUGAGAAGAAACCUCUCAACCCCUUUUUAGGCGAAAUCUUUCUAGGGAAGUGGGAAGAUGACGCAGGCACAACCGAGUUGAUCAGUGAGCAGGUGAACCACCACCCGCCAGCAACGGCAUACAGUAUUAUCAAUGAGACCUCCGGGGUUCAUCUCCAGGGAUAUAACGCCCAAAAGGCUAGCUUCUCCAAGACUAUCAAUAUCAAGCAGAUAGGACACGCAGUAUUGACAGUUCCUGACCCCUCCAAGCCCGGGGAGAAAGAUACCUACUUGAUCACACUACCAUCCCUUCACGUUGAGGGUCUAAUUUUUGGCGCUCCCUUCAUUGAGCUCGACGGCGCCUCUUAUAUCACCACGUCGACAGGAUUUACUGCUAAAAUAGACUACAGUGGCAAGGGCUGGAUAAGUGGCAAGAAGAAUUCAUUUACGGCUACUCUGUAUCCAACCGGCAAGGAAAAGGACGUACUCUACAAUUGCUCUGGCCAAUGGACCAAGGCGUUUGAGAUCCAUUCCGGCCCAGUGAAGAGUAAUUCGCCUAAGAAUCUCAUUGGAAGUUGGGAUCCUACUGACAAUCCCACGACCGAACUCAAGAUUGCACCUCUCGAGAAGCAGCACCCGUUGGAGUCUCGACGCGCGUGGGCUAACGUCGCGACAGGCAUUGCCAAAGGGGAUAUGGAUUACGUCGGUAAGGAGAAGAGCAAGAUCGAGCAGGCGCAGCGGGCAAUGCGGAAAAAGGAGCAGUCAGAGGGUCGGGAGUGGGAGCGGAGAUAUUUCACUGCUCUCACUGAACCAGACUUGCCUCUUGGAGCAUUAGGUCCCAACGUGGGACUAAGUACGAGCGGCGAUGCGGACAAGACGGGCGGUUUGUGGCGGUUUGAUGCGGCCAAAGCGGAGAAGGUCAAGAGCCAUGAGUUGAGCGAAGAAGAGAGAAUUCAAAUAGCUCAAGAGCUGCUAGGUCAGUAA